AUGGCAGCUGACGUGCCUUGUUGUGAGACAAUGUUUUGGGUUUAUUUAGUCAUAUGUGUGGCUCUUGUGUCUUUCUCCGGCCUCAUGUCAGGCCUCACUAUGGGACUCAUGUCCCUCAGCCUCGUCGAUCUUGAGGUCAUAAUGAAGGCUGGUCAGCCCGAAGACCGCAAAAAAGUAGCAAAGAUUCUCCCCAUUGUUAAGCAUCAGCAUGUUCUUCUAUGUACUCUCCUCAUAGGCAACGCCUUGGCAAUGGAGGCCUUGCCCAUUUUCUUGGAUGUACUUCUGCCAGCUUGGGCUUCUGUAUUGAUUUCGGUCACCCUCAUUCUGCGUUUGGGUCAGAUUAUCCCUCAGGCUGUGUGUUCUUGGUAUGGAUUGACUAUUGGUGCAAAACUGUCCGCUACGGUUCGGUUGAUUGUUAUUGUUAUCUUCUCGUUAUCUUAUCCCAUUAGUAAGUUACUGGAUUGGCUUCUUGGAAAGAGACACUCUGCACUUCCACGGCGGGCAGAGCUGAAAACACUCGUGGAUAUGCAUGGAAAUGAGGUUGGGAAAGGUGGAGAGUUGACACAUGAUGAAACAACAAUUAUCACUGGAGCUUUAGACAUGACACGCAAGACAGUCAAAGAUGCUAUGACCCCAAUUUCUAAAAUUUUUCCACUUGACAUAAAUUCCAGAUUGGAUGAGAUUACGAUGGGCCUAAUAAUAGGCAAAGGACAUAGUCGUGUGCCUAUCUACCAGCUCCCAACAAAUAUUAUUGGCCUUAUUUUGGUAAAAAAUCUAAUCAAGUACAGUCCUGAAGAUGAAACCCCGAUCAGAGAUCUUAAUAUUCGGAGAACUCCCAAGGUGCACGAUGGUGUGCCUCUCUAUGAUUAUAUACUAAACCAGUUUCAAAAGGGUCAAAGCCACAUGGCCGUUGUUGUUUAG